CAAUUCUGUUACGAGAGUAUCAGGCGACAGCGGUGCGUGCAGUCAACAGUUGGGAAAUGCAUCGGAAAAAGUACGACUAUGAAUAUGAGAAAACGAAUAGUUGGUCCAAUUGAUGCUGCAAUACGAACGCAGUUUAUGGCUGAUGCACAUGGAACGAGCUUCCCACAGUAAGAAGCAACCAGCCAAUCGCCUUCCGAUACAUUCUUUAUUUGAAGUGCGCCUUACGGCUCGUAGCAGACGACUCUCUACUCCGCUCUGGUGUUUACAUGAUCCCGGUUUGCAGAGGUUCGCAAGCCAUUUUGUGCACCAUCGUAGAAGCAGCUGUGCGAAAAUAUUAUCUGUCGUGCGAAAUGUCAACGCUUGCGACCGUGCGAUCUGCGUAGUGUGCAGUGUCGCGCGUGAACACGCCGACGACGACGUCGCACGGCGAGGAACAGAGACGCGAGCGACGUUCGCGUACUGUGGCAAAUGGUCACGGAUUUCGUAAGGGGACAAAGAGUCGCGGAACACCUCUUAUUAACCUUGACCCGUUCGUCGACAACAAUUGCGAGCUGCUAAAAAUGGUGAUACUACGCGUGCAAUAAAGAACUUUUUGUGGUGGUUAUCAAAAUCUGUGCAACCUCUGACACAAAGGACUUACCAGAGAUUCUAGGAUGUUUUGUAGUAAAUAAGAUAAUAUGGAUGAGUUGGCUGUUUAAGAACAUUGAAUAAAAUGUGCAUUUGCUCGCAUUACACCUGGGAUUAUUUUUAUUGUGUAUGUCUUAUUGUACACGGUGUGGGAGCAGCUUAAGUGAGACAAGAUGAGUAAUGAAAAUGCAAAGAGCCAGCCGCUGGCUCAACCAAUCGAAGACAUGGAUCUUGCUUCGAUACAGCCUAUAUUUCCGGACACAAGCACACCAUGUGUGGACGUGUGGCUGGAGAAGAUGAACAACAGAGUGUUGACAAACAUUAAUUUUAGAGAAUAUUGGCGUGUCUGGGUGCCAAAGAUAUAUAGUCUGGAACGUAACGGCAACUGUCUAGAGUGGACAGUCGAUGAGGAAACAGCAAACAGGAUGCUUUUUAAGACUCUGGAGGAAUUCAUUUGCGGCGGUGAUCCGCAGGUGAUCUUGAAGGAGCUCAGCAAAAUGGAGAAUCCGCCGUCUAUAUGCGGCAAGAUGUUCAAGAUGGGUGAACCGACGUACAGCUGCAGGGAGUGCGGUAUGGACUCGACGUGUGUUCUAUGUGUGGACUGCUUUAAACAGUCCGCCCAUCGGAAUCACAAGUAUAAAAUGGGCACGUCUAACGGCGGCGGUUGCUGCGACUGCGGCGACACAGAAGCCUGGAGAAGCGAACCGUUCUGCAAGAUACAUCUGGCGGGGACGCAGUCGAAGGAGUCGCGCGGCAACAAAUUACCCGGUGAUAUCGCUGAGAGGGCGGUGAUAGUUUUUGAGGCAGUGUUAGAGUACUGUUACGAACUCUUGACCUCGCGGCACACCGUGUCGUUACCGUCGAAUCUCUGUAUCAGAGACACGUCGUAUUACUCGCUCGCGGAUGAUCAAAUGAACACUUUCGAUACUUAUUGCACUGUGCUAUUCAACGAUGAGCAUCACACGUUUGAUCAAGUGAUAAGCAUGCUGACGCGCGUCCUCAAGUGCUUGCAGAAGGAAGCCAUAGAAUACGUAACCAAUGUCGAUCGAGAGGGCAGAGCGGUGGUGAAGUGCUCGGUGUUUCGAACCUGCAACGAGCUACGCGCCGAGAUCGAGAGGUUCACCUACAGACACAGUAAUCAGCCACUCAAGGUUCUCGUACUUCACACACACAUAGUCGCCCAUCAGACGUUCGCUAUGAGACUGCUCAACUGGCUGCAACAGUUCAUAAGCCAUUGCGAGGGCUUUCGCGUGCUGUUCAGCAACAUCGCGCUCAACACGAAGCUGCCCGACGUGUCGAUCGUCGAAGGCAUACUCACGAGAGACUCGCAACUGUGGAAGUCCGCGAGAACGGCCUGGCACAGAUUGUUCAUAUCUGGAAUGCUUAUGGAAUACGAGAGCAAGAAGUCGCUCGCCAUCAUGUUCACUUACAAUUACGGCUUGGUCAUGAAGGACUUUAUCAAGGACGACCACGAUCACGCAUUCUCGAUCGUCUCGCUCUCCGUUCAACUGUUCACUGUGCCGACCCUGGCGCAUCUACUCAUCGCUCAUCACGACGUGUUGUUUAUCCUGCUGAACACGUUCAUCUCGGAGAGCUCCCGGCGAUGUAACGCGGCCGGGAAAUUGGAAUUCGAAAGGAACAUGCCGCAUCAGACCUUCAAGCGGGCUCAAUACAUACUCUACGAUCUGCGAUACCUGUUGAGCGCGAAGCCGGACAAAUGGACGGACGAUUUGAAACGCGGCUUUCUGCAGGGUAUCUCUUUGCUACUAACGCUCUUUUGCAGCAUGCAAUGCAUGGACGCUGUGCUACGGCAGGUCGGCCAGCACAUGGAAUACGAGCCAGAGUGGGAAUCUGCGUUCAAUCUCCACAUCAAACUAUCGCCGGUCAUCACUCUCGCCCUGGAAUGGUGCGGCUCGGACCGAGUGGUUCUCGUCAAGACCUUCAUAUUGCUGCUGAGAAAGCUGUACGAGCAGCUGGGGAACGAUCCGGCGCCGAGUCAGGUGCGCGAGCUGGCGGAUCAUAGCGCGACGUGUCUGCAAUACGACGUAUCGAUCGAACCGGUCUCGAUACAUCUGCCGCUUUCGCGGUUCCUCGCCGGUUUAUUCCUGCAGCUGGAGAAGUACCGUCUGCACUUCCACUCGCCCGAGUUCAUCAAUCAGACGAAGCCGACGCCCGAGCAGAUCAUCGAGCCCGUGCUGACGGCGCAGGCUAUGAUCUCACAGGUCCACUCGGGCAUGUGGCGGCGAAACGGCUACUCCCUGCUGAAUCAGCUGUACUUUUAUCACAAUGUCAAGUGCCGCAGCGAGAUGCUGGAUCGAGAUAUCAUUCUGCUGCAAGUCGGCGCGCGUCUGAUUGAGAGCAACGAAUUUCUCAUUCACGUUCUCAACAAGUUCAAUCUCCUCAACUGGGCGCAGCCGGAUUUUGAGGUGAACGCCCUGAAGAACGCGGAGGAGGAUGGUAUGCGGCAAACGAUCAAUCUGGUGGAAGAGUUCCUGGGCCUGCUGAUCACGAUCAUCGGCGAGAGACACGUGCCCGGCGUCGGUCAUGUAACCGCGGACGACCGGCUGAAGAAGGAGAUCAUACAGCAGCUGUGCAUAAAGCCGCUCUCGCAUUCGGAGCUGAGUAAAACGUUGCCGGAGGACGUCGUUCAUCACAUCCAGACCGACAUGGAGAGAGUGAUACACGAGGUGGCGGAUUUCAAGAAACCGGCUCAAGUGUCCGCCGGCAAAGGCGUGUACGAGCUGAAGCCGCAUCUGUAUUCGGAGUACAACGUGUUCUUCUAUCACUACACGAAGGAGGAGCACAGCAGGUCCGAGGAGGUUCAGCGGAAGCGCAGGAAAACUCAGGGCGAACUGGAGUGCUGUCCGCCACCGAAGCUGCCCAAAUUAACGGACCGGUUCACUCUGGUGGUGAACCUGCUGCAGUGCGACGUUAUGCUGCACAUCAUGCAAACCGUGCUGGAGCGCGCGCUCAACUUUAUGGCCAGAAGCUUCUCCGAACCGCAGGUUCACAAGAUACUCCAUCUAAUCGGUUAUGCAUUGCAGGAACAGGAAUCCGGCCACUAUCCCUUCUUCGUGUUUUCGGAGCGAGCGGCCAAGUGGAAGAUCUACAAACUGCUGGAGGAUCUGUCCAGCAGUUCGCGUAUAGAGGCUCACAAGGAUCUGCUUACAUGGGUGUUGGCGAAGUACCGUGAAGUUGCCAGCUUGAAUAGCAUGGAUGUUUGUCCGGCGGCCGCUCAGCAGCCGGAGCAGCAGCAGCAGCAGCAGCAGGCGGGCGAGGCGGACGCCAACACCAACAAGGAGAAGGACAAAGAGUGGCGUACGAAGAUGGCAGCUCAGAAGCGUGCCAAGAUCAUGGCGCAGAUGACAGCUAUGCAGAAGCACUUCAUGAAGAAGAAUGCUACUCUGUUCGAAGAGGCGACCCUGGACGCCAACAGCAAGUCCAACGAUCGUGGCUCAGCUAUGGACCUGUCUGAGUCAUCUCAGGAGGGUUCUCCGGUCGCCCUCGGCAUCAACCAAACGAACCGAUUGUUCGAGCAGAGGGCGUACACGUGCAUCCUGUGCCAGGAGGAUCAGAUUGUGACGGAGAACGGCCCGGCGAUGGUGCUGGCCGCCUUUGUCCAGCAGUCCACCGUGCUGUGUCAACGCCGGUCCGAUCUUCACGAGUCCGAUCCGCUUUACCUGUCGGCAAAACUGGGCGCGUCGCCGUACACGAGCACCUGCGGCCACGUGAUGCACGGCCGCUGCUGGCAAGACUACUUCGACAACGUUCUUGCUAAGGAGAACCGACGACCUUACAGAUCGCGACAGCCGGCUGGCUUUGACGCCGAGAACCACGAGUAUCUCUGUCCGCUGUGCGAGUGUCUCAGCAAUACCGUUCUUCUGCUCGUGCCGCCCCUCGGAAUGCUGCAGCCGACUCCGGAUCCACAGCCAAACAUCAGUUUCGAGAUGUGGCUGAAGGUCAUGGCGCUCACGAUGGAGUGCAAGCCAAACGGUAGGUUCGGCAAGGUCAUGGACACGGAGGAGGACGGGCUGGGGGAGAGGGAGAUGGGCAGCUGUGAAAAGAUGAAGAAGGUCAUCAACCCUAUGACCGUUCUCUCCCACGAGAUCAAGGAAGCGUGGGAGCCGUUCAAUGCUCAAUAUUCGCGAUCAGGUCCGAAACUUGCACGAAAAAUGGAGACGAUGAUACACAUGUACGCGUCGCUGUUCGGCCAGGCCACGUAUCUAAAGGGAUUCGGAUGCCACGACGAGGGUCUGAAGGUGCCUUUGCUAGCCUGGAAGUCAACGGCGUACACGAUCCACUCGAUAGAGUUUCUGCUGCGCGACAUGGAGAAGCCGUUGUUGGGCACCAUGACCUCGCGACAAACUGACAGCCUGGAAAGUCUCGUGCGACUGUCGGCGCUGCUGGGUGCGAAUUUCUCAAAUCGCGUAAACCUCUGGUCGGACCGCGAGCAGAUCGUCCUCCACGCGGUGUCGCUGCUGACGAUACUGAUGGAGAAUCCUGCCAGCGGGCCCAGCAUCUUGGACAUCGAUCCGUUCGGCGUACUGGUGCCGCUCAUCAACUCGCUACCGAGCGUCUUUCACACCCUCAAGGCGUACGAGAUCAACUCGAAUCCACCGCCCAUCAUCACAGGUGAUGUGUUCGAGUCGCACGCGGUCAAGCUCGUGUUCCUGUGCCACAUAGUGAAGAUCUUGUUCACGAGUGACAUCCCGAACGCUAUGGAGGUGGACAUUAACGAGGGAGACGCCGAGACGUUGGAGGAGUCGGACAUCGCCCUGUUCCACAUUCUGGGCGUCCACUUCAACAAGCAAAAGGCCAACGACAUCUGGCGGCAGGUGGAGACCGCCUGUCGGCCCUUCCUCCGCUGCUGCGCCAUUUACUUCCACUACGUGUCCGACGUGCCGGCGCCGGCCGAAUUGACGCAGCUGCACGGCGAUACGUAUGAGAAACUCUGCCUCUACCUGGGACUGCCCGACACCUGCAAGGCUCUGAUCUACACCUACCUGGACGCGACCCUGAAAUUGGUGAACGUAUGGCGGAACCAUCCGACUGUGUGGGGUCAUCUGUCCGGCACGAAGAAGGCGCAGAUCGUCAAGGACCCGCUGAGGGUGAACAAACUGGUGGACCUGCCGGACGACUACAGCGAGCUCAUCAACUCGAUAUCGCUGUUCACGUGCCCGAACAGCGAGCGCGAGGACUCGCGCAACCCGACCAUGUGCCUGGUCUGCGGCGAGAUGCUCUGCUCGCAGAGCUACUGCUGCCAGAUGGAGCUCAACAAGACCGCGGUGGGCGCGUGUACGUAUCACGCGAGCAAGUGCGGCUACGGCGUCGGCAUAUUCCUGCGCGUGCGGGAAUGCGAGAUCAUGUUCCUGCGCACGCCCAGCCGCGGCUCCUUCGUCUGCGCGCCGUAUCUCGACGAAUACGGCGAGACGGAUCAGGGCCUGCGACGCGGGAAUCCGCUGCACCUGUGCCACGAGAAGUACCGUCGGCUCAAUCACCUCUGGCUCGGCCACGGGCUGCACGAGUCCGUCGCGCGGGCCAUCGAGCAGUCCUCGAACAAUCUCAUGCCGACCCAGUGGCAGCAUCUAUAACUCCGUUCCGUGGGAUCCUUCCCACGCCUGAUCCGACACCGGGACGUUUAGCCAAAAAGGAAAACGAAAAAACAAAAAAAAUUCAGAUGCGAAUCGUUGCGCUUAGCGUGAGCAGCUUAGAUAUUUGUAAUCGUCCAUGAUUCGAACCGCUCUGCAACGGAGUUCGAAAUUAAUUUAUUCUGAGAGGUGUGCGCACGGAUGUGACCUUGUAUAUUUAAGAGCGACAUGCAUAAUUGCCC